AUGUCAAAGAGAGCUGCUGAUGAGGACCUCAAUGGUCAAAACGUUUCAAGAGCAAUUAAGUCAUCUGAAGCCUCACUUCCUACCUCUGUCCAAAAUGAACCAUCAGUUGAUGAUAUGGACGUUGGAGAAUUUGAAGAUCCAUAUGGUGAUGAUUUUGAAAGUGACGAGGAAAUCAUCGAAUUAGACGAACAAGAGGAUGACGAUGAAAACAUGGACGAAGAAGCUGCUAACAGGAAAAUUGAGGAGCUUGAAAGGAGGGAGCGGGAGCAACAACAGGAACUGGAAUCUGCAAUUUACUUGCCUCACAAAUCCAGGCCCUUGGGUCCAGACGAAGUGUUGGAAGCAGAUCCUACUGUUUACGAAAUGUUGCAUAAUGUAAACUUGCCUUGGCCAUGUUUAACCGUCGAUAUUUUGCCAGAUAACUUGGGUAAUGAAAGACGUACCUAUCCUGCUACAGUGUACUUGGCAACUGCGACCCAAGCGGCUAAAUCCAAAGACAACGAACUAAUAGCCAUGAAGGCAUCAGGCUUGGCCAAAACCUUAGUCAAAGAUGACAACGAAGAAGAUGACAAUGAAGAAGAUGAUGAUGAUAUGGAUUCAGAUCCUAUAUUAGACACGGACACAAUCUCAUUAAAACACACAAGCAACAGAAUUAGAGUCAACCCACACUCACAACAAACUGGUGAAUAUCUCACAGCAACAAUGUCAGAGAAUGGUGAUGUUUACAUCUUUGAUUUGGCAUCUCAAUUCAAAGCAUUCGAUACCCCAGGUUUUGUUAUCCCUAAAUCAUCUAAAAGACCAAUUCACACUGUUCGUGCUCACGGAAAUGUUGAAGGAUACGGUUUGGACUGGUCUCCAUUAAUAAAUACAGGUGCUUUAUUGACAGGUGAUGUGAGUGGAAGAGUGCAUUUAACUACCAGAACAGCAUCAAGUUGGGUAACUGAUAAGACUCCUUUUUUUGCUUCACAAUCAUCAAUAGAAGACAUACAAUGGUCAACUGGAGAAAACACCGUCUUUUCAACUGCAGGAUGUGACGGUUACGUCAGGAUAUGGGAUACAAGAUCGAAAAAGCACAAGCCUGCUUUAUCUGUCAAAGCAUCCAAUUCGGACGUCAAUGUUAUAUCAUGGUGCUCCAAGAUUAAUCACUUACUAGCGUCCGGACACGAUGAUGGUACAUGGAGCGUUUGGGAUUUGAGGAAUUUCACACAACCAAACCCAUCGCCGGUAGCUAAUUACGAUUUCCACAAAUCCCCAGUCACUUCUGUAUCUUUCAAUCCAUUGGACGAGUCAAUCAUUGCUGUUAGUUCUGAAGAUAAUACCGUUACUUUAUGGGACUUGGCUGUCGAGGCGGAUGACGAAGAGAUUUCGCAGCAAAGAAAAGAACUUAAAGAGUUACAUGACAUACCACCACAAUUGUUAUUUGUUCAUUGGCAAAAAGAUGUAAAAGAUGUCAGGUGGCACCAACAAAUUCCCGGGUGUUUGGUUUCCACAGGAGGAGACGGAUUGAAUAUUUGGAAAACAAUUUCUGUAUAG